AUUUGUAUUGUGUAUGUGCAAGUUUUUCAUUGUGAAAGUAAAUAGAAAACCUUACAAUUUUUAAAAAGCAAACAAGGUAGCAUAGAGCGCAUAGAGUGAUCCUCGGACGCGAUGCGUCCUCUGUGGACAUUGAGAACGUGGACAUGAACUACGUAGCCAAUGUCCACGUUUGGGCUGAGCGGAUAAUGCAGAUGUGCGCGCUCUACAGAGGGCGUGUCGCUAUGUUUGUAUCUGCAAUUGUUAUGGAAGAUUCAUCGCGCAGCGAUAUCUCGCGUAGUAACUUAACAACUACUGCAGUGAGCUUGUAUUAUCGACCUAUUUUCAAGUAUGUGUGUAUAUGUAUGUGCUCGGAUAGUUCCUAACCUCUUUUUUCGUAUUGAACAGCACGAUUUCGUUGUACUUACUGGAAUAUAUUACUGUCUAUUCGCAAUAUAGCGUAAGCAGUUUCUUGAGUCGUACAAUUAAAGGGCAUUCACCAUGUUCUUGACAAACAUGCUGUUGAAAAAGGCAAAGAGCAAGCACCUCAUAGUCCUUACGCAAAGUGCUGUAACCGGCCACCGAUUGGUGCGUAUAAGAGAAAGAUUAGCUGACAAAUUAGAAUUUAUACACUUUGAUCCUCUGGUUCAGCAGAAGGUGCUGUAUAGAGAAACGAGAAAAUUACAUAGCUUAUAAUCCGCAAAUGUUGCGGUGUAUUUGACUAACUAUUUACAAAAUUUCUGUGUUUGACAUACAUCAGAAUUAGAAAGCGUAUUUGUAUCUAAUCUUUUAUAGAUAAAAUACAAACUUAUGUUAUACAAAUACCAAUAAAAACUAAUAACAGACGAGAGAUUUUGUAACAUAAAUGGCUGUAAAUAAAUAAAAAAUUACACUAUAAGAGAUGAUCUUGUUAUAAAGAU